UCAAAAAUUCUUGCCCCACGACAAGUUUUCUCACUUACAUCUGGGAAAAAAAACAUCUAUCUUUUCUCACUUGACUAAUUUACAUCUGGAAAAAUCUCCUCCACAAGUUUCUUAACUUGAACUAUGAAAAAAUCUCCUCCACAAAAUAUUUUUCUGACUUGACUAAAUUACAGCUGAAAAAAUCUCUUCCACAAAUUUCCUGAUUCGACUAUGAAAAAUCUCGUCCACAGACAAAUUUGCAUACUGAAAUCUUCUCCACUACAAAUUACUUGAGCCGAUUAACCUGCCCAUUUGCCUUGGAAUCCUUCGUCUUACCAUAAAGUAGGCGACCACCCAUUUCCUUUUAUCUGCGUUCAUUUCAGUAUCUCACAAUAGAAAUGGCUUCCUCUUCCACACCCAGGCAACAUGAAUCUCAGCUACAAAACGCUUUUGAUCAAAUUGCACCUUACCUUGAAUCCACCUCAAAAGAGCCGUGGGACAUAUUUAUUAAUCAUCGUGGAAUUGAUGUCAAACACACAUUAGCUACCGCCAUCUACCAUAAACUUCAUCCCAUGGGAUUGCAUGUGUUUCUCGAUGUGGAAGCUCUUGAGCCUGGUGAUGUCAUGCCAGCAGAAAUACAACGCGCCAUAAAUAGUGCUGCCCUUCACAUUGCCAUUUUUUCUCCCAACUAUGCUCAAUCCCCAUGGUGUUUGGCUGAGCUAUCCUUCAUGCUGAAAACUGGUGCUAAAAUCAUUCCCAUUUUCUAUCAUGUUGAGCCCUCUGAGCUUAGAUGGAUUGAUCUAGGAGAAGGUAUGUAUGCCAAAGCAUUUUCGGAGCAUGGGAAGAAGGGAAAAUACUCCCCAGAAAAGCUUGACGAGUGGAAAAGGGCACUCUACAACAUUUCAUUCCAUUCCAGCUACCAGGUUAACAAGAAUGAGGAUGAGGCCAGAAUUUUGAAGAAUAUUGUGAAUUGUGCAAUCAAAGCCAUUAAAAUGGUAUCCUUGCCAGUAGCAGAGCAUCCGCAGGGGUUAGAUGAUCUUGUAGAAGGAUUCCAAUCAGUUGUAAGUAAAGAGAAAGUGCAGAUUACCGGGAUCGUGGGAAUGGGAGGUAGUGGUAAGACCACACUGGCCAAAGAGCUAUUCAACAGGAACUUUUCCUCCUUCGACAGAUGCAGUUUUGUUUUCGAUGUGCGAGAUGCAGCAUCAAAGUAUGCCCUAGCUAAAAAGCAGAAAAAGCUUCUGAGGGACCUUGGUGUUGAUCAUUUGCCAUUCGAUCAUGUAGAUGAAGGCAAGGCCGUUCUUGGAAAUCGUUUGGGCUCUCAUCAGGUGCUCAUAGUUCUGGAUGACAUUGAUCACGUCGACCAGCUGAAUACUCUACUGCCAAACAAAGACAAUCUUGGACCCCAAAGUAUGGUCAUUGUCACAACAAGGGAAUUGGGAGUUCUUAUUUCAUGGGGUCUCUCCUGCAUAUAUAAAAUGCCAGGACUCAACAGGUCAAACGCUGAGAAGCUCUUCUGCUGGCAUGCAUUCUUGCAACCCUCCCCACCUGCUGGAUUUAUUUCGCUGGUUGAAAAGUUCUUAAAGGCAGGCAAUGGUUUGCCUCUUUCACUGAAGGUAUUUGGGGGACAGCUAUAUGGCAGUAACUCCAAAGCUAACUGGAAAUCCCAAUUAAAAAAAUUAUCAAGAAUAUUGCCCACCGACAUCAAGCAAAGGCUACAAGUUAGCUACGAUGCACUCGAUGAAGAAGAGAAAGAGAUGUUCUUGGAUGUAGCAUGUUUUCUCAUUGGAGAAAAUAAAAGCAGGGCCAUAGCAGUGUGGGAUGGAUCGGGUUGGAGUGGUGCGCCUGGUUUAGAAACACUUGUGAAUAAAUCUCUUGUGGAGCUGGUCUCCGAUCCAGUCUACUCUGGGCAAAGCCCCUCCUACGCGGAUAAGAUAAGGAUGCAUGAUCAUCUUAGGGAUAUGGGAAGAGAAAUUGCAAGUACACAUUCCUCAUAUCGUAUUUGGUUUCCAGAGCAGAUAAAGCAACAUUCCCUGGAAAGAAUGCUGAUUCGAGGUAUUCAAAGUGCCGAUGCUUUUUGUGCGUUCAAAGAGUACAAAUAUCCACUAAUGAGAACUUCAAAGAGACAAUCUAAACUCCCAAGAUUGUCAGUUAAAUUACAAAUUCUUUUUGUCAGAGGAAAUGAGUUCACGGAAGAGUUUGCAUCAUUAUCUGAAGAUCUUGUGUGGCUCCGCUGGGAGAAUUUUCCUCAAAGAAGCCUUCCAUCAUGGUUUACACUGAGAAAUUUGAGUGUUUUAGAGCUUUCGGGUGCUAAUGAGUUGGAAGAAUUGUGGAAGAGCAAUGCGGAUCCUCCAUUGCAAUUGAGAGAGCUUAUUAUAUUUGGUAUGAGUAAAUUGCAAUCGCUUCCAAACUCAGUGGGGCGCCUUAAGCACUUGAAAAAGAUUGACUGUUACUAUAGUGGUGGCACUUUGCCAGAAGAAUUAUGUGGCCUCCAGUCACUGGAGUUUUUGGCUUUAUCAAGCAGUACAAUGCUAUCGUCACUACCUGCUGGAUUUGGUAAUUUACUAAGCUUGCAGCAUUUAUCUCUACAGUGUUGCCGUCUCUUGAGGGCGUUGCCAAAUUCUUUCAAGCAGCUGAUACACCUGAAAUAUCUGAAUUUACCAGGCUGUGAAAUCUUAUCUUCAUUACCUGCUGGUUUCGGUGAUUUAAUAAACUUGCAGACUAUAGAUCUGGAGUCUUGUAAGCAGUUGAAGACGUUGCCGGAUUCAUUCAAGCAGCUGAUACACCUGAAAUCUCUAAAUUUAAAGUACUGUGAAAAGAUUAAACUGAGAUUGGAUAUGCUGGAGCACAUGAGACAGCUCGAGUAUUUGAACCUCAGCUUUUGCAAGGAACUGGAAGAUUUGCCUCGUCAAAUCAUAAAUCAGGUAUCCCUGACAGUGUUGGAUCUACAAGGUUGUAUCAGUUUAAGGGGUUCACCAACAAACAUUGGCGAACUGGGCAGCUUAAAGUCGCUAACAAUUGAGAGUCUUUUGUUGCCAAGCCUGCUAAAUUUUCCUGGAAGAUUAUGCUCGUUGAUAAAUAUGUCAAUAGUAAAUUCUGACAGUGAAACGACUUUUGAUGCCGGGGCUGCUUCUUCACUUGAAAUACUUAAGAAAAAAGACUUAGAAGAUUGCAAACAAGUUUCCAGGAUGUUAAUUUCCAAUGAUUGUUGUCCCAGUCUUGAAACUCUGGAAAUUUGGUGGAAUCACCAUUUAAUGGAGAUAGAGACGCUUCCAAUGUCACUCAAGAUUCUAGAUAUAUGCAAUUGCAAAGUGCUGAAGAACAUCAGGUGUAUUGGUAAUCUCGCAAACCUCAAGAAACUGGAAAUAUCUGACUGUCCGGAGAUAGACGAGCUUCCAAGUUUCUUAUACUUGGCUUCGCUGAAAAAAUUCAGAAUUAGUGAUUGCCCAAAAGUUGAGAAAAUAGAAGGUUUGGAACACUGUAAGUCAUUAGAGACACUGAAAAUAGGCUUGAAAGUGCCAGGUAUACCGAGUUUGGAGAAAGUGGAGAGAUUGGAAAGACUAGAGCUCGAAUGCAACACCAUAUCAGCUCUUAAACCUUGUAUUCAGUCUAUGAAGGAAUGUCCAAGCGAAAUGGAGAUCCAAGGUAGCGUGAUCAAUUUUGUGAAGCCAACAGUAAACUCUUUGGGGUUUCCUGGUAUUACGGUCACAGAGAUGGAAGCGGGGUCCGAUCUCUUAAAGAUUCGAGAUUCCGCUUAUAUUUUGUAUUAUGAUGAGAAGAGGAAAGUUGUAUAUAUAGGUCUGUUCUGCCAUAACGCAGGCUGUUGUGCGUACAACUACGCCACUAUAUUUACUGGCAAGAAAGCAAUGGUAGUGACAGGCCAGGAGGGAAGAGUUGUGGAAGCUUUUUACCAAUUAUUCGCACUCCUGGAAUAGUUGGCACUUGCACAAACGCUCCAACCUGGCACAGUGACAACCUUGAUAAAACCAGCAAUAGCAAAUUUACAGUUUUCGUUAAAUUGUUUUGCUUAUUUGUUUAUUAACAAUUUGCAUUUAUGUGUGAGUGGAAUGUAGUAAGUAUUAUUUUAGAAACGGGUUAGUAUUCA